CUCUGGCUCUAAAGGAAAACAUUUGCUGAAGGUCAUAGUUAACAAACAAAGAAAUCACUCCUACUGUUGGGAGUCUGUCUUGUGAUCUGAGAAUAACAUAAAGAGAGCAACUGAUUUCAGUCAGAUUUCACCACUUCGACUGUAAUUAGCACAAUCUUCUGUCAUGUCAUGAAAAAAAGACACUAAGUCUAUCUUGGGACAGAGAAAGGAGACUUUCAGGAGUUGGCAAAGCCCUUUCCUGCAACCAACUUUAAAGAAAGUACCCUUUCUAGUAUUUGAUUUUGACGAUUUUUAUUUCUCUGAGCAAAAUAAAGCCAAUGAGAGAAAGACUGUUUUUAUCCUCUGUCUUUCCUCCUCAAACAUAAUGCAGAGUGACUGGCAGUGACUCGAAACUGAGCAGUGUUGUACUCUAAGUCCUUUUGUGCUCGUUGAAGACUUUUUCAGUUUCCAAGAAUUUUAUUCAAACAGAACUAUUCCCGGAAAACCAAUAAAAAUUCUGCAGCACAACGGCAGUACCAGCAAUGAGAAAGAUCGCUGAGAAGGUAAGUUUCCAUAGUCUCCUACACAGGGUUAUUUAUAUUUAGAUAGGAAAACCCUACACAUAAACCAAAGAUUUUCUCUUUGUUUUCCAACUGUAGUAGGAAUAAAAAGGUAUUCCACACACUUAUUUCAUCAAUGAAAAAGACCAUCCUUAAACAGGAGUCCAUGAACUACAGUGCAGUGAAAUGAAUGUGUGAGUUGGGGCAAAGUCAAGACAGGGGCAAAAUGCUAAGUUGUGUUUGUCCUGCUAGAGAUACUUGUGUUCAAUUCCAUUUUUCCUAAAAAAGUUGAAGUAAAGCUUUGUGCCCACAAUUGGCAGCCUGUGUGCUAAUCCUUAAAAGAAUACUCCCAAACAAAAACUGCACACUGUAAUAGUAAAUCUUUCCCCGUCUGUUUGUAGCAUAGUGUGUUUCUGGCAUGAUCCAUAGUAAUAACUAAAGAGGCUUAGAAAUACAUCUGUCUGUGGCUUGAGAAAACCACACAACUAAUUCUUGCAAUGCCUUAUGAUUUUAUUUCACAAAACAGGGAUAUGUCUAGGAGGAUAAUUUGUAACUAGUUUGAGCUUGUAAGACCAAUCAUUAAGCAUCAAAAGUACUUGUUAGUCAUCUGAAUAUCCACUAAAAUGAAGAUAUAUAAAAAGUAGCAGCAAGAAUAUUAUAACAAAAAUCUCAAGGUGAAAGUUCCUAUUCUUAUCAACUAAAAUAGGGAACUGAAGGGCGAAUUGUACCUCUUUUCAGUGUCUGGAGAAGUCCUCUCCACUGGCAAAAUAAGCCAGAGAACUGCAGUGUUCAGAUUUGGAUAUCUGACCCUCUUUAGCACAGAAGAGUAAUUUCAAAAGCCAGCUUGUAAAUUAAAGGCUUAGAAGAGUUGCUGAAAUGAAGUAAAUUGAGUCUCCCCUUAGGAAAGACAAAUCUGAACAACCUUUUGUUUUUCCCAGAAGUCACUUACACGGAGAACUGAGAAUACUCAGAGCCUCUGACCGUUGAUGUUCCCUCAGCACAGCUUUCUGCGUAUCUGCGUAGAGUUUUAUUUGAUUUUAUACCUUAGGGUUCUUUUUGACUAAACAAAAUGGUGUUUGUUUGUAGACCUUUUAAGAUGAAGAAUAACAUAACUCUGUCUACUAUUACCCCAUGGUAGCCUGAUAAGGCUGAGAGAGAAAAAUAUGUCAACUACCUUACCUUCUGCCUGGGCUAUGCUACAGUUUUGGAAGCAUAUUUUGUAAAUUUGACUGUAGGUUAGUAAGAGUGUUAUUUCCUAUUAAUUGAUUUAGCCCGUGUUGCUAUCUCCUUCCUCCUGGUCACAUGUAAACCUUCCUAGGGAACAAAGGGGUGUGUAGGAAGGAGUCUAGAAAAAGUAACAUUUUUUUAGUCUCUAAUACUAUAGCUUUUUCUAGAUCUCUUAGUGGGGAAAAAGUAGAAAAUAGAGUAGAAUUUGACCUUGUAUCAAUACAUGAUGUAAGAACGUGUGAUGUAUGUAUGUACAUGUGUGUUUCUCCAAAAACAUGAUGAAACCAAAAUAUCACUCACCCUUGCCCAUCUUCUUUUCAUAAGAACCAUCCACCAUGUACAACAGAAACUUGGCACCUCCCUCUCGAGCUCCUGCUCACGUUCCCCACAGAGCUGAGUGAUGGAAUCCUUUCAGCCUCUUAGCCUCAGAGCUAAGGUCAUAGAGGGCCUCAGGUCAGCACACAAGCCGAAGGCAGUUCACAUUUCUAAGUUUAGUGACACUAGUGUUGAGAAUAGGGGAGCAACUGUCAGUAUUUUGGAUUACUAAACUAAAUGUCGGAAAAAUGCAGGUGACUGCUGCUUCACCACAGGAUUUUAACACCCAACUCCUGCUAGGUGUCCUGCACAACCACCAGAUAAUCCAACAGGCAUCUGACAAAGAUGAGCUGGGAAGAAAGGUGGGUUCUCCAAAGAGCAAGCCACUGGGUGAGAGAAAUGACUCUGUCGUAGUGUAUGAUCAGGCCACCUUUAGCCAAAGUGGUGGGUGAACCGCAAAAUGUCCAGUUCCACUGCCAAAGUUUCCAUUCUGAGUAUUUGAUGGAGUUUGAGCAAACUGAAUGUUUUCACCUUAGGUAGAAAGGGUCUGAAUCUUCCACUUUGUGUAUUUCAAUCUUAUUUUUAUUUGGGCAGAAAUUUUUUUUUUAAAUGAGACUUCACUCCAGCUUACCUAAGUCUUUGUAAGAGAGCUCUUUGGACAGACCUUUAUGGAUACCGUGAUUAUUCCCGAUUUGUUCAUGACUUUGCCAUGGGAGUUACUUUUGUCCUUUUCUUACAAACGUUGCCAAAGUUGCCUGAAUAUUUGAGUAUUUUUUUCAUAAUUUGCAAUGUACAGAAUAAUUCCAAAGGUGUUAAAAGAUUCUGUUUAUCAGUAUGUGUGACGAUGUCAUUAUGUCCAGAGGGGCUUCAAGAAAUCCUUUGGAAGUAAAAGGUUAAAUGUUUACAUUUCAUGUGACAUUUCAGGUCUUGAGAGUCUAAUUAACUUUUCCUUUCUUUGUCUUGGGCUGAUUCCUGCUUUGUAGACAAAUAUUAGUAGCCCUAAAAUGUUGCUAACAUUCCAGUAAGCAAAAAAAACCACAACUCAGAUCAACUGUCAGCCUGAUAAGAAUAUGGUUACAGGCACUUUGAGUUUCUAAGUCACUUCUGUGGAAAGAGAAAAUACAGUCAGCUCUGGUUACUGCCCUUGCUGUCUGGCGUGUUGUCCGUGGAAGGAGUACUUUUGAUAAUCAUAAGCAGUGCUUCAAGUCAUACAGAAUGCAGCAAGGUAUUUUUUUUUAAUGAAGCUAUGCUGCUCUCAGAGUCCGGGUAAGCUUCUCUUGAUAAAACAAAAUUGUGCCAGAGAGUACUUAGCACUGGUUCGUGUGGCCCCAUCUUAGUUCUUCAUGGUAACAGGCCAGCAAAGGGCCCUCUGGCUGCUUGCCUUUGUGUCCACCCCCCUCCCCAGGGGACACUCAGUAGGUGCUGGGGAAGCCUGCUCACUUGUCCACUCUGGGUUGUUCGAACUUCUCUAAGACACUCAAGGCAUGCCUGAUGCUGGUUUUCAUGGAGAAAAUUGCACCAGAGAACAUAACACAUAGUAAGUCUUAGUAAGAUCUGCAGACACCCAAAGGAGAACCUUCAUCUCUUCCGGGCAUUUCCAACUUGAGUUUAACCUGAAGCCUUUGAAAGGAAUGUGUGACCAAAUGGCCACAAGCUAAGACCCCAUCAGAUCAAAGAAAUAAAAGUCCCUGUAGCCCAGUGGCAUUUCAGGUGGUGUCUCCGCAAGAGGCAUUCUCAGGCUUGCCCGGAAAGUCGUGGGAGGGCAUCGUUAGCCUAAGAUCUAGCCUUUAUCUCAUUCCUCAUAGCCCUCCAGCUUUCCGGAACUCUUGAUAAAAGGAAGUCAGAAUAUUGUCAUUUCUCCACUAUUGAUUUCCCAAUAGUUUUUGGACCAGUUGUGUUACCACACUUACUUCUCUGCCUGAUUCCAUUUUUCUUAAAAACUUUUGUGCCCUUGUAAGCCUGUUUUCCUUAACACCGGUACAUAAAAGCGUGGCUUCCUAUUUUCAUGUAUGUUGCAUGGCCUGAAAACCAGGUAAUAAAAGCUGUUGGUAUGAUUUCUAUGUUAAAUGAAAAAUUAGAUUUUAAGGAGACAGUGUGUUUCCUUUGGAUCUGUAGUGAUUUUUAAAACUGUCAUCGUAAAACUGCCCUUUAAAAAUCAGGGGUUUUAGGGAUUAGCUGCCAAAGAGAAAUUAGAUCUGUAAUAGGAACAGUUAUAUGGUGAUUCUGGAACUUUAGCUUAGAGCCUCAUUAAUUUAAACGUGGAGGACACCCUCCAAGUUUGAUUCCGAAAAGUUUGGCCAAGCCUCUAAGCUCCUGAUUUCAUCGGCCCUUUGUUUCCCACAUAAUCAGUUAUUACCUCCAUAGCCAUUUGUUUUUGUUGGAAGGGGGAGGUGGUUAGUUUUGGGGUUUGAUUUCUUGCAGUGAGAAAUAGAAUAGGUGACAAAAUCUCACUUGUUUUCUUAAGACAAUUCAAUGCUUGAGCAUCUCUGUCAGAAAUGGAAUGAUACAUUAUUCGCUGAUUAGAAUUAUUUAUGUAUUGUUACUGUGUUUUGCUGAUUUUUAUAUGAAAAUAUAAUGAUUCAUCCUUGAUCUCAGAAAGCAAUCAUUACCUUGAGGAUCAUUUUACUUUGGAAACACUUUCAUAAUAAAGAUAAGUAUGACAAGUCCCGUGUAAAUGCCCUUUUCUGUAAGCACUACCUAGGUUCUGUUGGUAAUACAUCACAUCUUCCUGGACAAGAUUUAUUUCAGGGCUCACAUCAUCCUAGUAGUUUCUUGCAAGCCUUCUCCAAUCCCAGGAAUCAAUCGCUAUGAUUACUGAAAAAGCAAUGUCUGUAUGUAUGUUACGCAUAUGUAAUUUUGUUGAGAGUCUAGCUAAGCUGCCCUGUGGUAUUGCUGCCUCAGUGUCCAUUUUCUUUGCCAAGCAACCUGUAGGGCCCUUAAAGCUGUAGGCCCUUCAUUCAGGUGCCCAUGUGGAGAGGGGUCCACAGAGUCACAAACAAAUAGAGGUCCCUGAUAUGAUUCCCCAGUAGCCUUUGUGAUCAAUGCAAUCUUCUGCCUCCCGGUGCCCAUGUGCCUUAGGUCCCUUAGAUAAAACCCCAAUGGAAUUUACCAAAACCCCACUCUUUUAGUUUGAAUUGAUCAAUUUGGCAUUAGCCAGGGAACCCCAAAGCACUCCACUUAAGGUCCCUAAUAAAGACAUGUGCCCACAUGCCAUCUCUCUGUCUUCACCCUGCCUUGACUUCCCUGUGUGUCCUGAGACGUGCUGUGUACGCCCCCAGGGCCUGUGAGUUAAAAAACCCUCUCCUUCAAUUUCUCCUGAUCCAUCGUGGAACCUGUUUACCAUCCCAACACCCUGGGCUCUACUUAAUUUAACAGAGUAAAUAACAUUUAUAUGUUAUACAUGACAUAGUACCUCUUUGAAAAUUAAGAUAUGAAAACUUCAAUGUUGAACUUUCUAUAGUACUUCAUUUCUGGAAAAAAUAUGAUUUAUAGAGAUAUCGGUUCAAAUAGAUGGUACUGAUUUUUCCAAAUGUUAAUGUAUAUGUUCCUCACAGGAGCCUGGCUGACACCGUCUUCUCUGGCCAGCGACCCACCUUUCAGACCUCUCCCUCCCCUCUGUCUUUCCCACUGCUCUAAGCUUAGGUCAUCUGCUCUCUCAAGCGGCAUAAAAAUAGCACCGAAGUUUAGCCAGACACCCCCUCCACCACCAGCAUUAUGAAAAAUAAAGCAGACACCUUAUUAAACAUCUCAUAAAUAUCAUAACCACCCCCAACACUAAUCUGAUUCUAAAUGUUAAUUAUUCUAAUAAACUACGAAAAUUUCUCCGAGCCACAAAAAACAAGCCGUCAGCGAGUGCAGCACUUUGGAAAGCCAUGAAUUCUCCGCGUUCUGCAAACACGGUAGAGUUCUGCAAGCAUCUCCCCCACAGCUGCAGUCCUGCUCAGCUUGUCUCUACGCCCCCUUCCUUCCUGUGGGGGCUGCUGCAGCCGCCCUAGGCACGGGUUAUUUCUGCCCCUUCAUUCUUCCCACCAACCCCGUAUACUUGCUUUACCAGGAGCAGUGGUAACACCACCACCAACAGCGAAGGGUGGCAGGAUGACCAAGCAGAGGGGUCAUCCAAGCACUAGGAUGGACUGGGAUGCAAACCGGUCCCUCAGAACCAAUCACCACGGAGACUGGAGCCUGAGAACCACACCCUAAUUAUCCCUAAAGCAUGAGGAAGUGAAGUUAAAAAAUACUGAAGUUAGGAACUUACAUGAAGCCUGUAUCAGUCAGAGUCCAGGCAGGCAACAGACGUCAUUGUCAGAUGAUUCAGUUGAAGAAAUGUCCACGCAAGGACCAUGAUCAGAGGCGAGGGCAGGGUAAGAGGGUCAAACAUGGAAAGGUGAGGCACCAGAGGCCAGCAGGCAUGGCAGGCGGUUACCGCCCUGGACAUCCCCAGAGGCCAGUGGGAGGGCUCAACGUGAGGAAGAGGCCAUCCUUCAGGGGUUGUAAAUCCAGAUGGGGAGCAGUACCCUGACAUCUCUCUCCUGCUGCUUUCUUGAGCCCCUUAUUAGCUGACUUCAGCCAGAAAGCUGCCAUUGAGGCCCCGGGGAGCUGCAGGCGGUAGGUGGGGAUCAGCCCCCAGUGUGUCGAGCAGAGAUCUGGGGGAGCCAACAAUCACCAGCAUAAUUAUGGCUGGUAUUCCUAGAGCCUCACCUAGGGCCUGGCAUGCCAUGGGGCACAGAGAGUAUUUGAUGGAGAAACAGCAAACCCACUUAGGAGAGGGCUGGUGAGAUCUGAGCGAUCAGCCACAAACAUUCCACCUGUAAGGGAGCAAGAUGAGUGUGCAAAAGCACUCUGCCUCCAGCUCUCUGUGUGGGUGCCAGAAGCUGAAGGGGCUCAUGGGAGGGCUUGGGCAGCCACCUGGGAUGCCGGCACCCAGACCCAAAGAUGGACGUGGGGUGAAGCACAUCAAGGCAGGAAGAUGAAAGACUGAGGCUGAGGAAUUGUCUAGAGACAAGCAGAGAGGAACUGAGAAGGGAGUUCAUCCAGAAACUGGAGAAUUAAUGAAUGAAACAGAAUCGUGAAAACAUGGGGUGGCACCCAGGACUAUGUUUUGAAGUAAUUCUUUCAGUGAGAAGUUUACUUUUUGACUUAAUGAAUAAUGAAAAUAUUUGCAUGGCCAAAGACAACUGGAACAGCGAAGGCUCAGGUCCCUGACUGCAUCAUUCAGUCAUUUUAAAAAUAUUUCUAGAGAGCCCACUAGGUGCCAGGAACUGUUAGAGGCACUAAAGAUAGAAGGGUGGACAAGGCAUGUGUGGUUCCUGCUGCCGUAGAACUGUCUCUAAGAGAAGGGAAAAUAAUUAAACAAACGAGUAUCAGUCUGCUAGAGCUGCUAUAGCAAAAUAUCGCAGACUCGGUGCCCUCAACAGCAGAAGUUUGUUUUCCCCGGUUCUGGAGGCUGGAAGUCUGUGAACCAGGUGCGGGGAGGGCUGAUUGCCGCUGAGGCCUGUCCCCUUCGCUUGCCUUCUCACCGUGCCUUCACAUGGUCUUUGUGUGUCUGUCUGCGUCCAAAUCUCUUCUUUUAAGGGCAACGGUCAUAUGGGAUUAGGGCUCUCCCUGAAGGUUCCAUUUUACCUUUAUCACCUUUGUUUUUAUUUUUAACCAUUGAAGAUAUUUUUAUUAUGUUAAUCUCUUUUUUUCUAACAAAAGGGACAAAAUGAAAUUUUUGACAAAAAGUCAGCAUCCACCAUCUUCUGCAGUAAACACUGAUUCACAGGUGCGGCCUAUUUCUGGGGCUUGUAGGGAUGUGUACGCAGACUGCAUCAGCGGCAAAGAUACCUUCAUCACCUCUUCAGUGGCCCCAUCUCCAAAUACAGUCACCUCCGGAGGUUCUGGCGGCUGACUUUGGGGGGGCCACAAUUUAGGCCAUAAUGCGAGGGAAUUUCACUUAAGGGCAAAGGCCAAAAAUGAAGAAGAAACAGAGAUUGUAAGGUGACUUCCAGGGCUCUGCGACCCGAGGGGGUAAGAUGCCUCUGAGGCUAAGACCUGAAUGACCAGAGCAGCAGGGGGUACCUGGGGUGGGUGCAGACCAGGCAUCGGGGGCCUGAGGCAUGGAGGCUCCGAGACGAGACAGGCUUGUAAAUUCAAGGAGCAGAGAGAAGGGCAGUGUGACACGCAAACCAGGGGGAGAGUGAGGGUGACAUUCCAGAUGUAGGGAGGGACAGAUCAUACAGGGCCUGCACCCCGUGGUAAGGAGGACAAGUUUUCAGGUAAGUGUAAUGGGAUUUAAGUAGCAUAGUCGAUCUGUUGUCAUCUUUUAUAAGAGAAAAAAAGUGGGCUAAAUAAUGCCCAUCCUAACCAUUACAGUAAUAACUGCUCUAACUUCAAGCAAGUCAGGGGUGUCUGCAGGGUGUGGUUGGCAUCCUGGGACAGGGCAGGGUGAUAAUGCACGGCCAUCGGAAGAAAUAAGGACAAAGAAUUACUGAGGAUUCAAUCCAUAGGCAACAAAGUAAGUCUGGACAGAGAAUGAGAGGUGGAAGGUGUUGCUCUAAGGAUGCUGAGACCCGAGACAGGAAAAGCCUCCAGGUUUCUUCAAGGAAAGCAGCUUGAAAAAAUGGACUCUGAGCCAGUGAGUAAACCCCUUAGCAUUGUCCCCUGGUUGUUGGCAGCCUGACCUCUGUCACCUCUCACCCAUCCUCACCCCCUGCCCCAGCCUCUCUCCACCCAGACCUCAAGUCCGUGGAAUCAGAAUGUGCUACGCUGUUUAAUCCCAGCACUGUGGCCAUGCUGCCCACUCUGCAUCAAAGACUUUCCCCCUCUUCUCUGUCUAGCUAACUCUUAUCUGGCCCUAAAGACUAACUUAUGGACAACCUCCUUGCAGAAAGGCUACAUGUCUUGGGAUGCAGUGCUUUUCCUAGAGAAAGAAAAGGUGCAACCAUUUAGCUCCAUCAGACUGCUUAGCACACUGCCUCCCCACUGGACUGUAAGCAUCUUGGGGGCAAAGACCUUGCUUUUCAUGUCUGGAUCCUUAGCCGCCAUGUCUGCUGCAUAGUAAACUCUAUAAACGCUUGUGAAAUUAGUGUAUGUAUGCUCAGAAAUAGAAGCUUCAGGAAGAUGAGUAAGUUUGGUAAAAGAAAAACGAGCUGAUUUUUACAUCUUGGAUUUGAACUUACGAGAGCUCGUUCAUUUGGAAAUGUCUACCAAACAUUGAAAAGAUGGGACUGUAACAAGGUACCAUUAUUAUUUCCACUUCUUCAGGUCAAGAAGCAGAUGAACAGCAGGUAGGAGCCUUGCCAAGGUCUCAGGGCCGGGAAGCCGUGAUGCAGACAGUCCAGGCUCCGGAUCACUUCUCCGUGGCCCCCUGAGGCCGACCGUGGGAAAUGCCCCCAUCAGGGGGACACGGGGAAGCAGGAAAAUGACACAAGCUGGACGUCGGGGAUGAAGCAGAGUCAGCAAGGCCCACAUAAGGGAGAAGGGCUCCCAGGCAGAAGGAACCAGCGUUGCAUAAGGUCCUGGAGUAUGCCACGUGGCUCCGUCUAAUUCCAGCCCCUGGAUAGCCACUGUUGUAACCUGCAGUGAUCAAGUUCCUUCGGAGAAGCUAAGGGGGAACGUUGUUAAGUGUGUGAAUGGCAAUCCCUGCCUAAGGACGUCUCCUCUCCACACUGGGCACAGGGCAAGUUCUCAUUGUCCCCCCACCUCUUCAUUCAUCAUUUCUAGGGACUCUGAAUGGAGCUGGGACACCAAGGGCACGUGAAUGGAGCUUGCUCAUCCGGGCAACUGUGAAGUGUUCCGCUGCUCCUUCCUGUCAGUCAGAGCAGAGCUGCCCACCACCCAGGAAAUGGCUGUCAUGUCCUGUCUCUAGAAAUUAGCUGAAAAUCUAAGAAUUGACAACUGGGACCACAGGAAACAAACGGGAUGAAAGUCCAGGGCUGGGACUUCCUCCUUGGAGUGUUUGACAAGGCCUGAUGUAUGUGAGGCCUUUUGAAUCUGGGAAGCCCGGGACACACCCAACCUUGAUUGCAGCUUCCCGAGUGCUGAAUGCUGGGGCGUAGGUAAAAGGACAGAAGCAAAGAACAUUUCAUCAUGAGGGACCCAUGGACAGAUUGCUCGUAUACUAAAGUGUACAAGAACCUAAAGGAGCUUUCUCAGAAUGGGGAGAAUUUCUGCAAGCAGGUCACAUCCAUUCUUCAGCAAAGGGCAAACUUGGAGAUGAACUAUGCCAAAGGACUUCAGAAAUUGGCAAUCAAGCUGAGCAAAGCAUUGCAGAACACAAAGAAGAACUGUCUCGUCAGUGCGUGGGCCUGGGUCUCGGAGGGCAUGAAGUCUGCAGCGGACCUGCAUCAGAAACUUGGCAAAGCAAUUGAGUUGGAAGCGAUAAAACCAGCUCAUCAAGUCCUCAGUGUCCAUGAGAAGAAGAGAAAAUCCCUUGAUAAUGAAGUUGAAAAGGCAGCAAAUCUUGUCAUUAGCAACUGGAAUCAACAAAUAAAGGCCAAGAAGAAAUUAAUGGUUAGUACCAAGAAGCAUGAAGCACUUUUCCAUCUUGUAGAAAGCUCCAAGCAAACGGUGACUAAGAAGGAGAAGCAGAAGCUCCUCAAUAAACUGAAAAAAUCAGCUGAGAAGUUGGCAAAAGAAGACGAAAAUUACUACCAGAAAAACAUGGCUGGCUGUUCCACGAGAGUGAAAUGGGAAAAGACGCUAGAAAACUGCUACCAGAGCAUCCUGGAGCUGCAGAAGGAAAGAAUUCAACUUCUGUACAAUAACUUAAACCAGUACACCCAACAUAUUUCUGUUUUUGGCCAAACCCUGACCACAUGCCACACGCAGAUUCACUGUGCCGUUGGCAACUUAGAUGUCGAAAGAGACGUCCAGGCGCUCAUGAAAGACACUGUGGUUUCACCUGCAGAAAAUAAAUCCGACUUCCUGUUAACGGAUUACUUUGAGGAAGAUCCCAGCAAUGCAAUGACUAAAGAGCGUCAGGAGUCAUCCAUAAAGUCAAAACUGGUGAGGCUGCAAGGAGAUAUUGAAAAAGCCUCCAGAGACCAGGAAGGCCUGGAACGCAUGCUGAAAGCGUACUGCAGCGAUGCCUCCUGCCCGGACGCAGAGAGCCAAAAAAUCACAGCGGCCUUAAUGGACGAGACUAAUCUGAAAAUAGACCUUUUGCAAGCAAACUCCUAUAAACUGUCAUCAGUGUUAGCAGAACUUGAGAAAAGACCUCAACCCAGCCAUCCCUGUAGUAACUCCAUCUUCAAGUGGAAAGACAAGCAGACACACAGUUAUGUGAAAAUAUCUCGGCCUUUUCUGAUGAAGAGAUCAGAGAAUGUGGUGACCAGAGCGUCCUCCGGUGGGCAGAGAAUUCCCAGGUCUUCCUCUGCAGCCUCUGGUGUGUCCCAGCUCAGCCACGGUCUUUGUAAGGCCUUAUAUUCUUUUCAAGCCAGGCAGGAUGACGAAUUGAACUUGGAAAAAGGUGACAUUGUGACUAUACACCAGAAAAAAGAAGAAGGAUGGUGGUUUGGCUCUUUAAAGGGAAAGAAGGGCCAUUUUCCAGCCGCUUAUGUGGAGGAGCUCCCUGCAAAGGCUGGGAACACAGCCACACAGGCCUAAAACAAGAUUCUGAGCACAGCGCCUUCCACACUCAGCGAAAUGUACAGUGCACUGCAAUAAAGAUACAUGCUGUUAUCUUUGCAAGUUUAUCUUUCUAAGUGGGUUAUGGAGACAGCACUUUGCACUCUUGGUUAUUUGCUUGGAACGGAGUUAGAAGAUGGAGAGUGAAGGGAGAGAGGAAAAAUAUCCUGCAGCUCCUAGGUGACUCCUGAGAGAAACUAGAGGUGACCCAGUACAGACCCUGAUGUGGAAGCGAGAGAGAGAAACAGACUGAGUGCGGGCAGGCUCACCGCCUCCCUGAAGUCACAUCACUCUCUGGUAGCACAACAGAAAUUAAGGCCCAGAUGUCCUUUUGGUCUGGACUUGGCUGGCAGAAGCCAAGGCCAAGAUCCACAUGAUCGAAAGAGGGGGUGGGAGGCAAAGUCCAAAUACUAGGUAGAGGGUAGAGUGGAGAUCCAUUCUGAGCCAGUGACCUCUGAGUCAGUGGCCCCUUAUAUGCCCUCUGCCCUGAGCCGGAGCUGCUCUCGGAGUGAGUCAGAGAUGGUUAGGGAUCUGAGAGCGAGAACACAGUGGACAGAAAAGGGUUAGAAAGGGGGAAGUGGCUGAAACUUCGAACCUCCUUGCCUAUUUGGAAUCUUCAUAUAGCAACUCAAAAACAAGGAAUUCUGCACUUCCCAGCAAGGCCAUACAAAAGAAACACCCUAAACAGCUUCCUGGUGAAAAGAACUUUAAAUGCUAAUGUGUCUUUAAUUUGGGUAAAAAGUUCUAGAACCCGAUAUUUGCUGUCAAAAUAGAAUAUUUAGAAAGAUGAAGAUGUAUGCCAUUCCCUCAAACAUCCUAUAAAGUUAAAAGGUCUAGAAUGAGAGACUGGUGGUGCCAAACUCUUCUCUAGGGGUAUCAUUUCAGAAUGAUGAGAACUGGUACAGUGGCUUCUUUCACAUGCUUCUUCGUAUGAAGUUCAUAAUGUUUACAGAAACAACUGGGCAUGUUUACUUUUGUGUCGAAUAGCAAGUCUGGCAUUAAAGGAGUAAUUAAAAUCAUUCUAUUA